AUGAUCCUCCCCAGCAGCUUCGUCGCGCUCGCGCUCGCCUCCCUCGCCGCCGCCGCGUCCGCGCCCGCCCGGCGUGCGCCCGACCUCGUCCUCCCGCUCAGCGUCGCGCUCGUGCAGUCGAACCUCGAUCGCCUCGACGACUACCUUCUGGACCACUGGACGCCCGCCGCCGUCGCCGACGCCUUCCGGCCAUCCGCGGAGGCGGUCGAGGCGGUCCGCGCGUGGCUCACCGCGGACGGUACGGUGGACGCCCUCCUCGGGACGGAGUACUACGUGUACGAGCACGCCGACGGGAGCGCACACAUCGCCUGCAAGGACGGCUACAGCCUGCCCGCGCACGUCUCGAAACACGUCGACCUCGUCACACCGACGCUGCACUUCGCGAAGCCCAUCAAGCACGAGAAGUUUGGUAACGCUAUCAACCCUUUGAUCGGCGCCGCACAAAAGCACGUCCCUACGGAUCUGUCCACCUGUGACGAGCUCAUCACUCCGGACUGUCUGCGCGCUCUCUACAACUUUGAGUACAAGAUUUUGGCUGCGAACAAGAAUGCCCUGGGUAUCGUCGAGUACUCGCCCAACAUCCUGCUCCCCAGCGACCUCGACGUCUUCUUUGGCAACUUCUCCCCAGCCAGCGACCCGAACUUGAUCGGUGAGGCGAACCUAGACGUGCAAACCGCGAUGGGUCUGCUCGGGCACCGGCAGCAGGUGAAGCUCUACCAGGUCGGGGACGUCACCGGCCUCGAGUCCUUCAACAACUUCCUCGACGCCCUCGACGGCUCCUUCUGCGCCGGCGACGACCCCGAGUUCGACGCGACGUACCCGAACGACCAGCCCGGCGGGUUCACCGGCCCGGAGGCCUGCGGCAGCGCGCCCACCACGUUCGUCAUCUCGACGUCGUACGGGUACCAGGAGGCGGACCUCACGCCCGCGUACGAGCAGCGCCAGUGCGCCGAGUACGGCAAGCUCGCGCUGACCGGGGCCACCUUCGUGUACUCCUCCGGCGACUCUGGCGUCGAGGGCUUCGACGGCUCCUGCCUGAACGACGCCGGGGAGCAAGUUCAGGGCGGCACGCGCUUCAACCCGACCUUCCCGGGCGGGUGCCCGUACGUGACCUCCGUCGGGGCGACGCAGGUGGUGCCGGGGAACAGCGUGCGCGAUCCCGAGAGCGCGGUCUUCCAGCGGUUCCCGUCCGGGGGCGGCUUCUCCAACGUCUUCCCCGUGCCGUCGUUCCAGAAGGCGGCCGUCGCCAACUACCUCGCGCACCACGUCCCGUCGCUCCCCGCCGGGGUCUUCAACGCGUCUGGGCGCGCGUUCCCGGACGUCUCCGCGAACGGCCUGAACUACUCGAUCGCGCUCCUCGGCCACCUCCGCCCGAUCUCGGGCACGUCCGCGUCGGCCCCGCUGUUCGCGACGCUGCUCACCGCGGUGAACGACGCGCGGUUCGCUCUCGGCAAGAGGCCUGUCGGCUGGAUCAACCCCGCGAUCUACGCGCACCCCGAGAUGUUCAACGACAUCACGAACGGGACGAACCCGGGCUGUGACACGGACGGCUUUGCGGCGUCCGCCGGGUGGGACCCGUGA